AGUGACGGGGGGCGGAGGCCGCGGAGCCAGCCGCCCGGGGUUGAGUUCAGUGCGGGGCCUGUGACUGGAUGCGGGGGGCGGCGCUCGGCGUGUGUUAGGCUCGGGAGUCGGACGGGCCCCGGGGCCAUGUGGCGGGCGGUGUAGGGCGGGCAGGCGGGGCCGAGGAGGGGGAGAUGGCAGCGAACUGGCACGACGUGCUGGCCGACAAGGCCGAGCUCCUGCUGGGGCGGCUGGAGGAGGGAGUGUGGGCCGGCCUGGGCCUCCUCCGCACCGGCCUGGGCAUCGAUCUGGGCCUGGAGCCGUGGCUGAGGCGCCAGCCGCCCGGCUCGGCGGCGGCGGCGGCGGCCGGCCUGUCGCUGCUGCUGCUCGCCGGGCUGUGGGCGGCCGCCUGCGGCCUGGGCCGCUGCCUGGGGCUCGGCCAGAGGCGGCCCGGCGGGGCCCGGCUCCCGGCGGCCGGUACCGGCGGGCGGAGGAGCGGCGGCGGCGCCAGGAACCGGGACCGGACGCCGGCCGAGGUGCAGCUGCAGCGGGCGGAGGAGCAGAGGAAGCGGGGCCGCCGGAGGGAGAAGCCAAAGAAAUCUCAGCCUAAUGGACGAGCAGGAACCGAACCAUUAGAAGAGGAAAUUAAUCAAUCAUUUGAAAAGAUUAUUGUGAAACAACUGGAUGUAGAAAAGAAAACUGAAAAGACAAAGAAAAACAAGAAGAAACCAAAGCCAGAGGUGAAGCUGUUGCAGGAUGAGCUCCAGAAUCGAGCAGAAGGUAGAGAAACUGAUGAAGGUGCAUGGGAAACCAAAAUCAGUAGCCGGGAAAAGCAGCGACAACGCAGGCGCGAUAAAGGGAUAAGUGAUACUUCUUCCAUGGAUUCCAGUCUUCCAGCAGGUGGAUCUGAAGGAAUUUCUACUCAGCAGCACACACAAGCCCCAUCUGGGCUUGGGUCACGGAAGGCCAAAGCAGUCGAAACAGCAGUUGCUCCUGGGUGGGGUGAACAGCAAGCAGUGAAUGGAGGAGGUUGGUGUGAUAUCCCAGUGAAACUGCCCGCUCCGGUUAAUGCAACCAAGGAAGACAAAUGGCGGCAAAUCCCUGUCCUGCCCAAUGCAAAAAGAAACCCAGAUCAGCCUGCUUGGGGUCAGGAGCAUGGCGAUACCAGUGCGGGGGCUAAAGAAUGGACUGUGCCCCUGGUCGACAAGACUUGGAGUGAGCACGCCCUUUUCCCCAGCAUUGGUGCUUGGGCAGGGGUCAAUGAAAGGAUGAAUUCCUCAGAGCAGAAACCAUCUUUCUCUCAUGGGGCAAAAGUCUCAGUGGCCAGUACCACCAGUGAACCAGCUCCCCAGCCAAGCACUACUGACCAUCAGUGGGAUGCUAACCCAGCUCCCAGCUCCAUUGAUGAUGCGUGGUCUGGGAUAAAUGGAAUUUCAACAGCCGAUCCAAGCUCUGACUGGAAUGCCCCAACAGAAGAAUGGGGUAAUUGGCCAGCGGAGGAGCCUGCUCCAGCUGUGCAGCCUGAGGAGACUGUUGCAGAAGCUCAGAAGGUGUCAGAUGAAGAUAAAGAAAAGGCAGAUGCUGGUUUGCAAGGUUCUGCGAGCAGCAAAUCCAAAAAGAAGAAGAAGAAGAAGAGAAAAGCUGAUGACACUGCUGCUACCGCACAAGAGGUGGAGGAUCAGGAGAAGGAGCCUACUUGUGGAGACCAGGAGCAGCUUGUGCAAGCCCAGCCUGAAGAAGAGAGUUCUUCACCCGUUGAAACCAUAUGCACUAGUGAACCAGCUGAGGUUGAAGAGGCACCGCCAGUCGUAAUCAGCCAAGAACCAGCUGUCAUUGUGAAAAGUUCUUCCCAGGAUAUCACUUCCCAAGUGCCAGACACACUAUCUGAGUCAGAACCUUCUGCUUCUGUUGCUAAACAGAAUAGCCAGCCUCCUUCACAAGCAAAAUCUGAGGGAAGCUGGGAGUCACCGAAGCAGAUUAAGAAGAAGAAGAAGGCAAGAAGGGAAACAUGAGCUUUUUAUUUUGUAUUCAGUUGUCAGUUGUUAUGCAAAAUGAUCUUGAAGAAAUCUGUUUAUGCAAUAAUUUGUGAAAAUGUACAGAAUUUUAUAGAAAAUUUGACUGUAAUUUUUAUUAAAAAACCUAUUGCAAAGCGCAUGAGCAACUUGAUUUGAUACACAAUGUGAGAAGCUUCAAGUGAAACACACUGAUGCUGUCUACAGCCACUUAUGCUGGGUCUAAGUUUGUUGACACUAGGAAAUGUGUGAUUUUUACAUUUAAUUUUUUUUUUAAAAAGUGUUUCAGAAAUACCUGCGGAACCAAAUCACAUAUGACCAUUAGCUCCACACAAGAAACCUUCAGUGAGAGCCUGUCUUUUAAAUUAAGGCCAGGCCAUAUGAGGAUUAAUUUCUAGAAUAAACAUUGCAAUUCUAUUUCUCCCCCCCCAACCCCUGCUGCCCCCCCCCCACCACCUCCCAAACCCAGGUUUAAUUUCAAAGGGAUGGAAGCUGCUGCUGACCUUGGGAGGGGCUGUGAGCUGCAGCAAAUGAAUUGCUUUAGCAAAACUCAAUUAAAUGUAGAUUGCAUGGUGUUCAAACUGUACUGGGUUGAGUGACAAGCAGGAAGGAAAAGGGAAAGUAAACAUUUAGAUAGCUUUAAUAUUUGUGGACGGAAUUUAAAUUUAUAUCAGGAAUGACAUUUUACUGCCUUAACCUGUAGUUUAGAAAGAAAAAUGUUAAAGGAAAAUUGCAAUUUGCUUCAAAUCAUUAAAGGCUGAUUCAAAACAGUGGGAAGGGUAGAUGGGGAAAAAUUCACCACGUGUGUGUGUGGCAUUUCGUGCUAACUAAAUCCGGAAAAGGUGUGGCAAAAUACCCAUGGACAUACUUCCUUGAGAAGUAAUCUCGUGAUGCCAUUCCACCGAUUGAUUAAAGUGGUUCUGCACAGCCUGGGGUGUGGUUCUGCGCUGCAUUUAGCCCCUGCUCCCCAAAGAUGCAUGGGUGUCGAUGCCAAUCAAUAGUCACAAGGCUUUGGCAGACAGCAUAAACUAACUGGAUACUGAUCAUUGACAGCAGAGCAAUUGGUGUUGGUCACAGCGAUGCUUCCAGCCACCUCGGCAGGCCAGAAAGGGGAGCAGGGCGGUGAAAUUAAAUUGGAUGUGGACAAAUGGAAUUACUUGAAAUGCAAGGUUUGAACAUAAAGAUGAAGCACAAGUACUAAAGAAAAACACCAAUUAUUAAACUUAGGUUAGAACCUAAACCAUAACCACACAGGUAAAUCUCCAGUUUCUACUUUGCAGUGUUGGCAUCUAAGUAUUGUUAGAAGUAACUAGUGCAUGCAAAGUCACAUGCAUUGUUUAAUAACUUUACCAGCCGUACUUUCUCUUGAUAAGGACCGUUGUAUGUUCCACUGCCUCCUUGAGUUAACCUGAUCAUACCAAGCCAUGAUUAUUGUUUUUAAGUGGGUGUGAAAUGUUCAAACUACUCAGUGGAAGUAAAUGGGGCCGAAGUUAAAUGAGCUGAUACUAAUGGUACUUAGUCCACUAAUCUUCUGUGUCAAGACUUACCGAGUUUGACACCAGAUUGCUAAAAUUUUGCAAAGUUUAAAUAAUGGUCAUUAUGCUCCCGAUAACCUGCCUUAAUUGGUUAUGACGUGGUAUUUGUUGUGCUUUUGUAAUUACCUUGAUUACUAAAGUUAAACAAAUGUAUUUAUACCUGUUUCAAAAACAUAGCAAGUAUGUUUACAUGUUCUAAAGUUUGUUAAAAUGCAAUGAAUUUCUAAGUUGAUUUGUUGAAAUAAAUUUAGCAAAUUAA